UACAACGCGGCUGUCAGUUGGUGUCCGCCCCCCUAAAGUUUCCCGCGCACACAGUGUAGGGAAAGGAGGCAGCGGAGCAGACAAAAUCAAUCACACUUUUCUAGAGGACAGACUGCUUCAUUUUCACAUUUUUUUUUGUUACACUACUUCCUGUUCCCUAAAUGCCUCGCAUUGAGAAUGACAUCAAGCUGGACUUCAAGGAUGUCCUCCUUCGUCCAAAGAGAAGCACGCUCAAGUCCCGGAGCGAGGUGGACCUGAUGAGGAGCUUCACCUUCAGGAACUCCAAGGGCAGCUACAGAGGGAUCCCCAUCAUCGCUGCUAACAUGGACACUGUGGGGACCUUUGAGAUGGCCCUGGCCUUGCACCAGUUCACUCUCUUCACCACAAUUCACAAACAUUACUCUGUGGAUGACUGGUUGGAGUUUGCAGCAAAGCAUCCUGAAUGCCUGGAGAGUGUAGCAGUCAGCACAGGCACCGGUGACGGUGACUUUGAGAGGAUUUCAGCCAUCUUGGCGGCGGUGCCACAGCUACAGUACAUCUGUGUGGACGUGGCAAAUGGCUACUCUGAACACUUUGUCCACUUUGUCAAAGACGUCAGGGGAAAGUUCCCCUCACACACUAUUAUGGCAGGAAACGUGGUGACUGGAGAGAUGGUGGAGGAGCUGAUCCUGGCUGGUGCUGACAUCAUCAAAGUAGGCAUCGGACCAGGUUCUGUGUGCACCACCCGCAAGAAGACAGGGGUGGGCUACCCCCAGCUUAGUGCUGUGAUUGAGUGUGCAGAUGCAGCCCAUGGACUGGGCGGCCACAUCAUCUCUGAUGGGGGAUGUACUUGCCCGGGAGAUGUUUCAAAAGCUUUUGGUGCUGGAGCGGACUUCGUGAUGCUGGGUGGUAUGCUGGCAGGCCACUCGGAGAGUGGGGGAGAGAUCAUUGAGAAAAACGGCAAGAAAUACAAGCUGUUCUAUGGAAUGAGCUCCGACACAGCGAUGAAGAAACACGCAGGCGGCGUGGCUGAGUACAGAGCGUCGGAGGGGAAGACGGUGGAAGUUCCUUACAAAGGUCCAGUAAACGUGACAAUACGAGACAUCUUGGGCGGGGUCCGCUCAACCUGCACUUAUGUUGGGGCAGGCAAGCUAAAGGAGCUGAGCCGCAGGACCACCUUCAUCAGGGUCACCCAGCAGCUCAACACUGUCUUCGGCAAUGACAGCUGAAUUCCCAGCUCGACCCUGCUUCAGAUUGAAGGAUAAGUCUGCAACACUGCCUGUCUGACCUUAAUAUCCUCAUUGUUUUUGACCUAAGUAAUGGUUCUUCAAGGUGGAAUUUCAAUGCAGUUUUAUUAUAUUAAGCACACAGGAUCUGAGUUGGUUUCGAGAGACAGUGUUACAGAGUGUUUCAGAGAUCACUGUCUCUCCACAGUUAAGACGUAUGUUAGAGCAGUUACUCUUUUAAGUCUGUCCAUGUCUACUGUCUUAUCAUUCCAGUGCAGGGUUCUUUUUACAUGUAUGCAAAUCUGUCUGUAAACUGUAUCUACAACAGUUCAGUCUCUCUGCUCUGUGUCGAGCCUUUGUUACCCACAUUUAAAUUAUAGCAAAUGUCUUAAAUUACAUAGAAAGCCUAAAUAUGUAUGCAAGAGCUGUGGCUAAUUAGGAACUUUAACAGAUUCUUUUUUUAUUCAGUCAUUCCAUCACUCGUGAUUUUGCACUUUAAUUAUUUGAGAUUUCAGAGUCUAAUAUUUAGUUUCCGUUAUUGUCUCAUGAAAAUGUUUUGAGACUAUAGUUUCAUAUGUUGACUGACAUAAUUUAGUUUUUUUUAAAUAGUAUGUGAAUCAGAUUUAGGACAAUUUAUAUAUGAACCAAUGUACGCUGAGUGCAAGUACAUGCUAGAGCACAGACAGCAUGUAGUACUGAAUUCAUAGCAGAGCUGUUAUUCAUUAUGAUAUGUCAUUCCUUGGCCUUGGAAGUUUUACACCGUCAGUAUUGGGUACGGUUUCACCUCACAGUAUCUGUAGUUUCUCCAUUUCAAGCCAUUCUGUUGUUUCAUUUUUUAUUGUCUGUUUAUAAUUCACUUUUUCACUCAACCUUUUAUCCAGUCAAUAAAAAUAUUCCACAUCUUAA